AUGCUUCUCCCCUCCGCACUCCCCUGCGACAUGCGCCGCGCAUCGCGCUUCACACCCAGCCGCCUCUUCUCCACGCCUCCUCCCUCGGACGACGACAGGGGAGUCCGACCCCCAGGCAACGGGCUCCUCGGAACCUGUCGCGCACUGCAAUCCCUCCUCACCACACCAGCGCCAUCCUCGCGCCGCGCAAAACCAGCUCGUCUUCAAAGCCCGCUUACAUUCCAACCCGCUCCGCCGUCGCCCGCCUCGUCGCGCAAGAGCAACAGUAACAGUGACACCAAACUGCGCUUCCGCUCGCACUCGCACACUCUAUCAUACAAGCCUCUGUCGCCGCGAUCAAGGGGCCCGAAUAAGCGGAGGCGCGAUAUCUUUGAGGAGGAUCUGGAUAUGGAAUUCGAUGGAAGCUCGAGCGCGGUUUGCGCUGUCGAUGCGCUGAACCCGUCGACGCCGAAGCGCGCGAGGCAUCUCCCCUACGAGCUUCCUCUUGGUCUUUCGCAGACGGACUUCUACUCGCUUCAUUCGCCGCCUGUCUCGCAAUCUCCUCCUUCUCCUGCAUUGCGACGUCAGCAAGAACAAUCAUCCUCACUACUACCAUCAUUCAACCCCGACGCAGCCCUCCCCUCCAUCGAAGAACAACAAAAACAUCCAGAAUCAGACGAAGUCGCUUCCACAGACGAUAACGACUGGACAACAGACGACGACCAGCGCCUCGUCGAGCUCGUCCUUGCAAAGUUCCAGCUCUCCCAGCGCGACUGGGACGAGUGCGCGCGGCGCAUGGGCAAAGACCACGCGAGCGUUGGCCAACGAUGGCAGGUCCUCGUUGGAGAGGGCAAUGUCGGUCUACGACGCGGCGGACGGAGAGUCCGUAAAGCCAUCCACAACGACUGGAUGUGA